AUGAUCUAAUAGUCGCGUUUAAAUCAAUCAAAUUUCUAAGUACAUAAUCUUUAGCAGUCGAUAGCUGCUCAAUCGAAGAUUAGAGCUUUAAACCAAUCAUAAAUGAAUAAAUCUUUGAUGAUGAGUAGGUAGUCAUAGCUGAUACCUUUAAAAUAGUAUGUUAAAAAUGAUCCUAAUAAAGAUAAGAUACCAGAAGAGGAACUAGAUAGAAAACAUCCCUCAACAAGAGUUAAUCAUUUAGCCUGUCUUGUUGCUCUACUAAUGAUUGCAUUUGGAAUAGCUAUAGUUUGUUAUUCGUGUGGAGCUAGAUAUAUUACUUUAACAGUAUUUGGUUGUGUUAUGUUCCUUCUUUGUUUAGUAUCGUUUUAUAGAUAGUAUAUACAUCACCAUAGAUAACUAUUCUAUGGAAUUUCAGCUUUCUUCAUCUUCAUGACUGGUGUUACCUCAUUAGUAUUUAUAAGCUAAAUAGAAGAAUAGGUUUAUUGCAGCUCUUAAUGGUGUCAUAAGCAAGUAGAAACUCGAGAUUUCUUUUCUGACUACCUAAAUAAGAAAUACUCUUCUUCCCAGCUAAGUUAAUAGUGCAGUUAACUAAAUAAUUAAUACAGUAGUACUAUGCUAUAUGAAUAAAUAGGCCAAUUCUUAGUAUCAGAAAUGAAUAUCUAUUGCUAAAAUAAUACUGGAAGUUGUGAUGGAACAAGUAAUAUUACUUAACAUAUUUAUUGGCAUAAUCUAAGCCUGAUGCUAGGAAUGAUAAUUACAUUAGGUCUUCUAGAAAUAUUUUAUGCUUUGUGGCUUGUCUGGUGGCUUAAAUAUAGAAACCCAAGGGAUGAUAUUUAUGAAUAAAACAGUAUCUAAAAUUAAAAAGUAUAAAUGGUGGAUGGAAAUGGAUCAAUGAUUAUCAAUCAUCAUACAAUUUUAAAUUAAUAGGGGCUAUAAAAUAAUGCUCAAAACUAAUCUUUGCUAGAAACUAAGGUAUUAAAGAAACUGAAUGAGUAAUAAUAACAAAAGAGUCAAGUUCUUAACUAAAGCAUGGCCUUGCAAAGUCCUGUGAACAAUCAAUCAUUAAUUGAAACAAGAGUUUAAUAAAAGAUUAAUGAACACUAAUAUAACAACGUUAACAGUUCUCUUAAUUAGAGUAUUGUAAAUAGCACAAGAAAUCUUAAUAUGACUAAACCUUAAGACAAUCCAUUAUUAUAUGUAGGUAAAAAUGGUGGACAAUAAAAUGUAAAAAUUUAAAACAUUCAACCAUACUAACACUAAAGCAGUAUACAAGCAUAUUAAUAGUUAGAAUAUUCAUAGGAUGAACCUUAAAUUGUAAAAAAAACUACCUUAAAACCACUUACUAAUAAUCCUUUGAAAAACAUUAUUUAGAAUAAUUAAUAUUCUAAAGUAGAAUCAUCUUCACCUACAAAAUACUAAAAAUAAUCUUCUAUAAUACAAAAUAAUUAUGUUUAAAAAGCUGAAUCAUCUUCACCUGUAAGAUAAUAGUCUAACUAUUAAAACACUCCAUUAAACUUUACUUAAAAUAAUUCUAACUUGUAACGUUCAAUAAAUAAUGUAAAUGGUAGAACUCACUAAUUGAGUCAAUUAGUAGUUAAUAACAAUGGUAACACUACAGGUGGAGUUUUAAGCAAUGGUAUUGGCCCUCAAAGUAUAAUAAGGAAAGGAAAUAUUGGAAACCUUAGUGAUCUUAAACCAUUUACAUGA